AUGUUCAGUUGGGCAAAGUCAACGCUAGCCGCGGUUGCCGGUACCCAGGAGCCCGAAUACGGUCCUGAGGCCAUCCAGCCCGUGGGCAAGAAGGGCGACGAGCCUGCCUACACCGAGCUGACCAAGGAUCACCUCAAGUGGUCCACCCUCGACUACACCAAUGUCGAGACACAGACCUUCUACAUCUUCAGCGACGCCGGCCACCAGGGCUUCCUGCAGGUCAUCUACAACAACAUUGCUGGCCUCCGUGUGACCGUGCAGUUCAACUGCAAGCUCUUCUUCCCUAACAACGAGAGGCCCUUCCUCUGGGCAAGCGACCCCGUCUACAACUACGGCUUCGACGAGAAGCAGCACUCCUUCUUCGCCGACGGCGUCUCCAUUGAGCUCUCCGAGGAUGGCACCCAGUACGCUAUCAAGGCGGCCGUCCGAGAGGACUGCAUGGUAGAUGUAAAGUUCACCAGGACCGCGCCUGGAUUUAUGGGCGGAAAGGAUGGCACCACCAAUUACGGUACCAACCCCAAGGAGCCAUGGGGGUCGAUGCACCACCACUUCUGGCCCCGAUGCAGCGUCGAGGGCGCCAUUCACACCAAAGAGGGUCCAGUCGACGUCAAGGGCCGCGGCAUGCUGAGCCAUGCUCUCCAGGGAAUGAAGCCCCACCAUGCCGCUGCCCGGUGGAACUUUGUCAACUUCCAGUCCCCCUCAUACUCCGCUAUUCUCAUGGAGUUCACAACCCCCGCCUCAUACGCCUCGACAAUCGUCCGAGUUGCCGGUAUUGCCACCGACGGCAAGCUCCUCUUCGCAAACACCGAAGGCGACGUGAAGCACACCGAGACCAAGCAAGACGAGACUGGCUGGCAAGCGCCUACCGCAGCCAGCUACCACUGGGUCGGAAAGACGGAGGACGGAAAGGAUGUCACCGCAGACAUCGCGGGCCCCCUGGGUGAGAUAAUUGACCGCGUUGACGUCAUGGCCGAGGUUCCGGGCUUUAUCAAGACCAUCGUUGCCAGUGCAGCAGGCACCAAGCCAUAUAUCUACCAAUAUGCGCCCAAGAUGACCAUCAAGGUGAAGGUGGGCGAUGAGGUUAAGGAGGAGGAAGGCACACUUUUCACUGAGGCCACCUUCAUCUCGUAG